AUGCUGAGGAUGAAGCUGCCGCUGAAGCCGACGCACCCCGCGGAGCCGCCGCCCGAGGCGGAGGAGCCUGAGGCGGACGCGCGGCCAGGCGCGAAGGCGCCGCCGCGCCGCCGCCGCGACUGCCGCCCCCCGCCGCCGCCGCCGCUCUCGGGCCCGCCGCGGGGCCCCCCGCCGCCGCCGCCACCCGGGGGGCUCGGGCAGCCUGUUGCUGGCGGAUCGGCGGCGGGGGCGGGCAUGCCGAGCGGCGGCGGCGGGCCCACGGCGGCGCUGCGCGAGCAGGAGCGGGUGUAUGAGUGGUUCGGGCUGGUGCUGGGCUCGGCGCAGCGCCUGGAGUUCAUGUGCGGGCUGCUGGACCUGUGCAACCCGCUGGAGCUGCGCUUCCUCGGCUCGUGCCUGGAGGACCUGGCGCGCAAGGACUACCACUACCUGCGCGACUCGGAGGCCAAGGCCAACGGUCUCUCGGACCCGGGGCCGCUGGCCGACUUCCGAGAGCCCGCCGUGCGCUCGCGCCUCAUCGUCUACCUGGCGCUGCUGGGUUCCGAGAACCGUGAGGCCGCCGGCCGCCUGCACCGCCUCCUGCCCCAGGUGGACUCGGUGCUUAAGAGCCUGCGCGCGGCCCGGGGCGACGGCUCGCGGGGCGGCGCGGAGGACGAGCCCGGCGAGGACGGCGACAACGAGGAGGACGCCGAGAAGGACGGCUCCGGCCCGGAAGGCGGCGGCGCCGAGCCCCAGCCCGGCGGCGGGCUGGGCUUCAGGGCCCAGGAGGAACUGCUGCUGCUCUUCACCAUGGCCUCGCUGCACCCGGCGUUCUCCUUCCACCAGCGGGUCACCCUGAGGGAGCACCUGGAGAGGCUCCGCGCCGCGCUCCGCGGGAGCCCCGAAGACGGGGAGGCGGAGCCGUGCAACUUUGGCGGCCCCAGGGCCCAGAAUGACUCUGCUCAUGGUGAUUAUAUGCAAAGUAAUGAGGCCAGUUUAAUGGAACAAGCCCCGAUACCUCAUGAUGGACUUACUGUGGCACCUCAUAGAACCCAGCGAGAAGCUGUACACAUUGAGAAGAUAAUGUUGAAAGGAGUCCAGAGAAAAAGGGCUGACAAAUAUUGGGAGUACACCUUCAAAGUAAAUUGGUCGGAUCUUUCAGUCACAACAGUAACAAAAACCCACCAAGAACUACAGGAAUUUCUCCUGAAGCUUCCAAAGGAGUUGUCCUCGGAGACUUUUGACAAGACCAUCUUAAGAGCCCUGAAUCAGGGCUCACUGAAGAGGGAAGAACGGCGGCACCCUGACCUGGAGCCCAUCCUGAGGCAGCUAUUUUCAACUCCAUCACGAGCUUUUCUACAGAAUCAGAAAGUACACAGCUUUUUUCAGUCCAUAUCAUCAGACCCUCUACACAGCCUCAAUAACUUACAAUCCUCUCUGAAGACUUCUAAGAUAUUAGAACACUUAAAAGAAGACAGCUCAGAAGCCUCAAGUCAAGAAGAAGAUGUGUUACAGCACACCAUAAUCCACAAGAAACAUACCGGAAAAAGUCCCCUUGUGAACACUAUUGGUACAAGUUGUUCUCCGUUGGAUGGGCUCACCAUGCAGUAUUCUGAACAGAAUGGAAUCAUGGAUUGGAGGAAGCAAACCUGCACCACCAUUCAGCACCCGGAGCACUGUGUGGCCUUAGCUGACCAGCAUUCAACUGAAAAACGAAGUUUAUCUUCAAUAAGUAAGAAGAAAGGAAAGCCACAAAUAGAAAAGGAGAAAAUUAAGAAAACUGACAACAGAUUGAAUAGUAGAAUAAAUGGUAUUCGAAUCUCCGCUCCUCAGCACGCCCACGGUGGUUCUGUGAAAGGUGUGAAUUUGGACAUUGGAUCUGGACAUGACACAUGUGGAGAAACAUCUUCAGAGAGUUACAGUUCUCCGUCUAGCCCACGACAUGAUGGAAGAGAAAGUUUUGAAAGUGAAGAAGAAAGAGACAGAGACACAGACAGCAAUUCUGAGGAUUCUGGAAAUCCAUCAACAACCAGGUUUACAGCUUAUGGUUCUGUCAACCAGACUGUCACUGUCAAGCCACCUGUUCAGAUGGCUGCAUUAGGAAACGACGAUGCAAACCUUUUAGAAGAUCCCUUAAACUCACCCAAGUAUCAGCAUAUUUCUUUUAUGCCAACUUUACACUGUGUCAUGCACAAUGGUGCCCAGAAGUCUGAGGUGGUUGUUCCUCCACCCAAAUCUGCUGAUGGUAAAACAAUAGGGAUGCUUGUUCCUGGCCCUGUUGCUAUCUCUGCGGUAAGGGAGUCCACGAACUCAACCCCCGUUGGAAUACUAGGGUCAACAGCUUCUACUGCAGAAUCAGAAAAGCACCUUGAAUUACUGGCAUCCCCUUUACCUGUUCCAUCAACAUUCCUCCCACAUAGCAGUACUCCCGCUUUGCACCUCACAAUUCAGAGGCUAAAACUGCCGCCGCCGCAGGGAUCUUCCGAGAGUUGCACGGUGAACCUCUCCCAGCAACCAACCGGGAGUCUGAGCGUCGGAUCACCAAACACUGCCUUUAUUCCUGUCCAUAAUCCAGGUAGUUUUCCAGGAUCUCCUGUUGCUACCACAGACCCCAUCACAAAAUCUGCAUCUCAAGUGGUAGGACUAAAUCAAAUGGUGCCUCAGAUUGAGGGAAACACAGGGACAGCCCCUCAGCCUACCAACGUGAAGGUAGUUCUUCCAGCAGCCGGCCUCUCGGCCGUACAGCCACCAGCUUCCUACCCCUUGCCAGGCUCUCCCCUUGCUGCUGGCGUGUUACCCAGCCAGAAUUCCACCGUCCUCAGCACGGCGGCGCCGUCUGCCCAGGCCGCGGGAGCGGGCAUCAGCCAGGCCCAGUCGAGUGUUCCUCCCGCGGUUCCUACCCACACGCCCGGUCCCGCCCCAAGCCCGAGCCCUGCCCUGACACACAGUACUGCGCAGGGCGACAGCACGUCUUACAUCAGUGCUGUGGGAAACACGAACGCCAGCGGGGCGGUGUUGCCUCCACAGCAGAUGGGCUCAGGUCCUUGUGGUUCUUGUGGGCGAAGGUGCAGCUGUGGGACCAAUGGAAACCUCCAGCUAAAUAGUUACUAUUAUCCUAACCCAAUGCCUGGACCAAUGUACCGAGUCCCUUCGUUCUUUACCCUGCCAUCCAUCUGCAAUGGCAGCUACCUCAACCAAGCACAUCAGAGCAAUGGAAACCAACUUCCUUUUUUUCUGCCUCAGACUCCGUAUGCAAAUGGACUGGUGCAUGACCCAGUCCAAGCCAACUAUGGCAUGCAGCAGAUGGCAGGAUUCGGGAGGUUCUAUCCUGUGUAUCCAGCACCUAACGUAGUCGCCAGCACGAGUGGUUCGGGGCCCAAGAAGAAUGGGAACGUUUCAUGUUACAACUGUGGUGUGAGCGGGCACUAUGCACAGGAGUGUAAGCAGUCGUCCAUGGAGGCCAGUCAACAAGGCACUUACAGACUGAGAUACGCACCUCCCCUCCCCCCUUCUAAUGACACGUUGGAUUCUGCAGACUGAAACAACUCCAACUUGAUCCGCUGUAAAAGGUCUCGCUCGGCCAGCCAGCCUCUCACCAGAAGAAAUUGCUAAUUGGGAAGCAGCGCCACCUGGUGGGAGACGAGGACAAUGCAAGCAAGCAGACGUCAUUGCCCUGUUGACCUGAUACAGAGAAAAUUGAACGUAAGGCAGAAAACAUUUGAGAUUGUAAACCUGUGCUCAGAACCUUAAAGAAUGCAGGCAACUGGCCAUAAAAGUAAUCUGAGCUGUCUCCUCUUUCAGCCAUUGCAAUCUCAGUUUGUUAUAAACACCUUAAACGCAUUGAUGGUACUUAAGAGUUUCCUUUGCACUUUUCUCUGUGCCCAUUGGCCUGCACAACUGUGAAGGGUAUGGGGUCUUCCUCCUCCCUGCUUUACAGGUUAGGAGCUCAGGGUUCAGAGGGGUUAAGUGCCACAGACAUGCCACCAGUGAUGAAGGCCAGGCCCCAGCUUCAGAUUAGGGCUUACCUCCUGCCCCACUUCCUGGCCUGCAGCUGCUUCUUCACUGAACCCAGGGCAAUGACCUUUUAGACCGUAUAAAGCGAUAGGCACCCAUGGUCUUAAGAACCAUGGGGCCUCUGGAUUCCUGAGAGAGGAGUGGGCUGGGUCCUGGUCAGUCAGAAUAUCUUUUUUCUGUAUCUCUGUUGAAGGGGUGAGGGAAAGUUUGCAGAGCUGGGAGACCUCAGGACUUUUAGAACUAGGCUUUCAGCAUUUGCCUGUCUCAGAUGAAUUCAAGGAGCAGCAACUGUUGUCUACAUCCAAGGUUUGAAACGUGCACCAAUAUACUCUGUUGGAACACUGAGUCUUGCUCUGCAAAGGUUUUUAUUAUCCCCGGAUGUCUCGGUGACUAUUGAGCAUUUGGUGACUAUUCCAUUAAUUUUAAGACUUCAGAACUUCAGAAAUGCAGUAGCAGGGCACACAGAAAAGACACUUCACUGCUGAUAUUUGAAAAGCUCUGGCAGUUAUAUAUAGAUUGUCCCAAGCACUCCCUCUACCCGCCACCGCUACUCAAAGACACUCCAAAGACCAAAAAUGACGGAAGCAAAGUCACCUUCAAGCAGGAACAGUGACAGUCACACCCACCCCAAAAGCCUUUCUGGAUGUUAAGAAUGCCACCAGGUCACCGAGUACUCGGUGCUCAUUCUUGCUAGCCUAUCAGGGUUGGGUAUUUGUGACAUGGUAACUCACUUUUGCGUUGGAAGCCUCCAUCAGAUGAACUUGUACAAAGAGGUGGCGCUGAUAAAGCCUUAUUUUCAGCACCCACCCACAGUACGCAUGGCUUUUCUCAGGCUCAUUUACAGAAUGGGGAUAACAUCCACUUUGUUAGAAUUGUUAUAAGGAUUGAAUCUGGCAAAAUACAUAAAGCACUCAGCGUCUGGCACACAGUAGGUGCUCAGGAAAUUCGUGAUGGUGGCGAACGCCUUCAUGCCCAGCGGGGGGCAGGCACGGUUUCAGCCUCACCGCAGCCUUAUGAGGUGGGUACUCCGCUCCAUCUUACAGUUGGGGAGGUUGAGGCAUGAAGGCCGCCCACGUGUCUGAGGGCACAGAGCGGUUCAGUGGCAGGGCUGGGGCUGGAACCCGCCGCUCUUAGCCCCCAGGCUCCUCCAAUUCUUUGUGCCCGGGUCACAGGAUGCUACAGGCAUGGCGUGACAGUGCAGGGCACCCCGCACUGGGGUCAGGUAGGCAGGACUCAGGCCGGCUCUGCCGUAAACUCUGUCGUCUUGAACACCUGGCCCUCCUGGACCUUCAUUUUUCUUACCCGAAAGCUGAGUGUUGCUUGGAAAAGAGUGGUAGAACUGAGCUAAAUGACCUUAGGAUUCUGUGGCUUGAAGCUUACUUUUUCACUUGAAGUGAUUUAUCAAGUUUUUAUAAUUCUUUACUUUUACACUUUUGUUUUAACUGAUUUGAAGUCCUUUUUGGGUGUGGCCAGGAGCACAAACCCCAGCUGUCGCCCUGUGCUAACAGGACAGGAAAUGUUUCCAGGUCCUUAGGGAGCGGCGAGAGAAAAGACCCCAAUCGGGCUGUCUGGGCACUAGGUGGCAGCACCGGCUUCUGCCGGUGUCCGGUCCAGCCGAGGAGCAGGCGCUCUGUCCUCUGUCCUCAAGAUUCUAGGCUCGCCUCUACUUGUACUGAUAAAGUUUUCACUUGGGGGUGGGGGGCUUCCAGUCGAACAACGAAGCUCGCGUACCGAGUCCUGUGCUGAAGGACACAGGGUUAGCCGUAGCUCACAGGUCGGCAACACGUAGAGAUGGACAAACUGCGGUCCACAGCUAAGAAUGGUUUUUACCUCUUUAAAUGGUUGAAAAGAAUACGUUUUCAUGACGCAUAAAAAAUUAUAUGAAAUUCACAUUUCAGUGCGCGCAAAUAAAGUUUCUUGGAACACGGCCACUCGUUUGUCUCGUUGUGG